CACGGAAGUGUACUGGGGCGCACCGGAAGCCGCCGGAAGAGAGCGAUGGCGGGUUUGACUGUGAGAGAUCCUGCGGUGGAUCGGUCUCUGCGAUCUGUAUUCGUGGGAAACAUUCCUUAUGAAGCUACUGAAGAGCAGUUAAAGGACAUCUUUUCUGAGGUUGGACCUGUUGUUAGUUUCAGGUUGGUGUAUGAUAGGGAAACAGGAAAGCCAAAGGGUUAUGGCUUCUGUGAAUACCAAGACCAAGAGACUGCACUUAGUGCCAUGCGAAACCUGAAUGGACGUGAAUUCAGUGGGAGAGCACUUCGAGUGGAUAAUGCUGCCAGUGAAAAGAAUAAAGAAGAGCUGAAGAGCCUUGGCACUGGUGCCCCUGUCAUUGAGUCACCUUAUGGAGAGACCAUCAGUCCUGAGGAUGCCCCUGAGUCCAUUAGCAAAGCAGUUGCCAGUCUUCCACCAGAGCAGAUGUUUGAACUGAUGAAACAAAUGAAGCUCUGUGUCCAGAAUAGCCCCCAGGAAGCACGGAACAUGUUGCUUCAGAACCCUCAACUGGCUUAUGCUUUGCUACAAGCACAAGUAGUAAUGAGAAUUGUGGAUCCAGAGAUUGCCCUGAAAAUUCUCCAUCGCCAGACAAAUAUCCCAACGCUGAUUGCAGGCAACCCUCAACCAGUUCACAAUGCUGGGCCUGGCCCAGGAGCCAAUGUGUCAAUGAACCAGCAGAAUCCUCAGGCUGCUCAAGCCCAGUCUUUGGGUGGAUUGCAUGUCAAUGGUGCACCGCCUCUGAUGCAAGCUUCUAUGCAGCCUGGAGUUCCAGCACCAGGGCAGAUACCAGCUGCUGUAACAGGGCCUGGGCCUGGUCCCUUAGCUCCUGGAGGAGGAAUGCAGGCCCAGGUUGGAAUGCCAGGAGGUGGACCAGUGCCCAUGGAGAGGGGACAAGGAACCCUACAGCACUCGCCCGUGGGACCCACCGGGCCUGCAUCAAUUGAGCGAGUUCAAGUGCCGAUGCAAGACCCCAGAGCCGCUAUGCAGCGUGGGGCCAUGCCUGCCAACGUCCCCACUCCUCGCGGUCUCUUAGGAGAUGCUCCGAAUGACCCACGUGGAGGCACUUUACUUUCUGUAACUGGAGAGGUAGAGCCAAGAGGUUAUCUGGGACCACCUCAUCAGGGUCCACCCAUGCACCAUGUCCCUGGCCAUGACACCCGUGGCCCGCCCCCACAUGAGAUGAGGGGAGGGCCGUUAGCUGAGCCCAGGCCUCUAAUGGCAGAGCCAAGAGGACCCAUGCUAGAUCAGCGGGGUCCACCUUUGGAUGGCAGAGGUGGAAGAGAUCCCCGAGGCAUGGAUGCACGAGGGAUGGAGGCACGAGCCAUGGAAGCCAGAGGACUAGAUGCCAGAGGGUUGGAGGCCCGAGCAAUGGAGGCCCGAGCAAUGGAGGCCCGUGCAAUGGAGGCUCGAGCCAUGGAGGCCCGAGCCAUGGAAGUGAGAGGAAUGGAAGCCAGAAGCAUGGAUCCUAGGGGCCCAGUCCCCGGCCCCAGAGGACCUAUACCUGGUGGAAUCCAGGGUCCCAAUCCAAUUAGCAUGGGGGCAGUUGGCCCUCAGGGAUCCAGACAGGUUCCAGUCAUGCAGGGAGCAGGUAUGCAAGGAGCAAACAUUCAGGGUGGAGGCCAGCCUGGUGGCUUUAGUCCUGGGCAGAACCAGGUCACCCCACAGGACCAUGAGAAGGCUGCUUUGAUUAUGCAGGUUCUUCAGCUGACUGCAGACCAGAUCGCCAUGCUGCCUCCAGAGCAGAGGCAGAGUAUCCUGAUCUUAAAGGAACAGAUACAGAAAUCCACUGGAGCACCCUGAAAGGUUUUCAAAAAUACCUGGCAACAAGUCUGGAAAUUAAUUCCAUAACUUUGUUGAAAUAUUGCAAAAAGAUGACUUCUGCAUCCUAACCCUUGAACGAUUCAAAUUGGUGCCAGGUGGAGGACUCCCAUCACCUUCUCUCAGAACAAAUUCAGUUCAAUCUAUUGUCUUAGUUUGUAUAUUUUCUGUGACUUGAAAUAAACUUUGGACACAAUUUUAGUAUACUGCAAAUUGAUAACACAUGACCUUUUUGCUUUUAAAAAGCUGAACACUGAGGGUGAAACGUUAGAUGUGUUUUCUACCCUACUGCAGUAUUGUACUUUAAUAUUAUAUUGCCAUAGUUCUAUUUUUCCUUUUAAGUUAACCAUUUAUUCUUGAUGAUAUUUGAGGAUUUCUCAGAAGCAUUGUUUUCUGGAACUUGGUUUUUGCUUAGUUUGCUUCCAACAGGAAUAAGAUUCGUCCUUUGAGAACUUGCUAGAACUUCUGAGUCUUCUGGGAGAAAAUAGCAUGAGCUGUAAAAUGGUGAGAAGGCCAACAAAGCCAGGAGCCUAACAGAGCAGUGAGUUUAGGUUAGAAAAGUCCAAACAACAAAAUGCAUCUUAUGUCAAUUAGCAGGCCUAUUUGCAUGCAUGUUUCAGAGUGAAGACGGAUGUAUUAGCGCUGGUUUGAGUGUAUUAACAACACGAGAGGCUGUUGUCAUUUAUUUGGCCUAAAACUUUUCAGUCUGGGUAGUCAACCUUAAAAGUUUUUAAAAAGCCACUUUUCACAUUUCAAGACAAAAUAAAAACAGAAAUCGGAUG